UCUGGUAAAAAGCCCGACCCGCAGCACCGCUAAUCCAGAUUAGAGAGCGAGACGCUGAGCUGAGUACAGAAAGGACAGGCAGGAGGACACUGGACAUUCAGGAUCCUGCUGCAGGAACUGUGAUGUCGUGAUGGACGGCAGAGGACGCAGAGGAACCGAUGGGUCAGUGAAAAGCUCGUCCAUCAAACGCAGCGUGUCUUCUGGAUCCCAGAGGGUUCACAGAGCGUGGAUCGAGAGAACCUUCCAGAAGAGAGAAUGCAUCCAGAUCAUUCCCAGCAAAGAUGCAAGCAGGUGCAGCUGUGGCCAGCUGGUGACGCAGCACCCCCCCAUCCCUGCAGGGGCAGUGGAGGAGACAGGCCAGCUGGUUCAGUUGGACGUCCAGCCUACAGAGAGAUGGAGCAUCCUGAAACACACCCAGACCUUUUCCACCGACGCUUAUGGAGUCCUGGAGUUCCAGGGCGGAGGACACGUCAACAAGGCCAUGUACAUCAGGGUCUCCUAUGACUCCAAGCCAGACUCUCUGCUCCACCUGAUGGUGAAGGAGUGGCAGCUGGAGCUGCCUACGCUGCUCAUCUCCGUCCAUGGAGGGCUGCAGAACUUCGACCUGCCCCCCAAACUAAAGCAGGUCUUUGGGAGGGGGCUGAUCAAGGCCGCAGUCACCACCGGAGCCUGGAUCUUCACAGGAGGAGUCAGCACAGGAGUUAUUCGACAUGUUGGAGACGCUCUCAAAGAUCAUUCAUCCAAGUCCAGAGGAAAGGUCUGCGCCAUCGGCAUCGCACCCUGGGGAAUUGUCGAAAACAAAGAGGACCUGAUUGGGAAAGAUGUGACACGGCCCUACCAGACCAUGUCCAACCCGCUCAGCAAGCUGUCAGUCCUGAACAGCAGCCACUCUCACUUCAUCCUAUCCGACAAUGGCACCACCGGCAAAUAUGGAGCCGAGGUCCGUCUCCGCCGGCAGCUAGAGAAACAUGUCUCCCUGCAGAAGAUCAACACACGUUUGGGCCAGGGUGUCCCGGUGGUCUGCCUGAUCCUAGAGGGGGGUCCUAAUGUCAUCUCCAUUGUGCUGGAGAGUUUGAAGGAGGAACCACCUGUCCCGGUUGUGGUUUGUGACGGCAGCGGCCGGGCCUCCGACAUCAUCUCCUUUGCUCACAGAUACUGUGAAGAGGACGGCUGGAUCACCGUGUUCAGGAUGGGCUCAGAGGGCCAGCAGGACAUUGAGAUGUCCAUCCUCACAGCCCUGCUCAAAGGUACAAACGCUUCUGCGUCCGACCAGCUGAGCCUGGCCCUGGCCUGGAACCGCGUGGACAUCGCUCGGAGCCAGAUCUUCGUCUACGGCCUGCACUGGCCCCCUGCCGGCGCCGCGGCGGCCGACCGGCCCAGAAGCCCGGCGGCGCAGCGCCAACCAGCAGGAAAAGGAAAAGCCAGAGGAAAGAAGGGCAAAGGAGGGAAAGCCAAAGCAGAACCGCCGGAGGAAACCGACCCGCGGAAACUGGAGCUGCUCAGCUGGGUGAACUCCCUGGAACAGGCCAUGAUGGACGCUCUGGUUCUGGACCGGGUGGACUUUGUGAAGCUCCUGAUUGAAAACGGCGUCAACAUCCAUCACUUCCUGACGAUCCCGCGCCUGGAGGAGCUGUACAACACGAAGCUGGGUCCUGCGAACACGCUGCACUUUGUGGUACGAGACGUGAAGAAGGGAAAUCUUCCUCCAGAUUACCAGAUAACUCUGAUUGACAUUGGGCUGGUUCUGGAGUUCCUGAUGGGGGGGGCCUACCGCUGCAACUACACCAGGAAGAACUUCAGGACACUGUACAACAACCUGUACGGUCUGAAACGACCCAAAGCUCUGAAGCUGCUUGGGAUGGAGGACGAUGAGCCGCGGCCAAAGGGAAAAGGGAAGAAGAACAAGAAGAAGGAGGAGGAGGUGGACAUCGAUGUGGAUGACCCUGAGGUCAGCAGGUUCCAGUAUCCCUUCCAUGAGCUCAUGGUGUGGGCUGUGCUGAUGAAGCGCCAGAAGAUGGCGCUGUUCCUGUGGCAGCGAGGCGAAGAGGCCAUGGCCAAAGCUCUGGUGGCUUGUAAGCUCUACAAGGCCAUGGCCCAUGAAUCCUCCCAGAGCGAGCUGGUGGAUGACAUCUACCAGGACCUGGAGAACAACUCCAAGGAGUUUGGUCAGCUGGCCUAUGAACUGCUGGAUCAGUCAUACAAACACGACGAGCAGUUGGCCAUGAAGAUGUUGACCUACGAGCUGAAGAACUGGAGCAACUCCACCUGCCUGAAACUGGCUGUAGCUGCCAAACACAGAGACUUCAUCGCUCACACCUGCAGCCAGAUGCUGUUGACCGACAUGUGGAUGGGCUGUCUGAGGAUGGGCAAGAGCAACAGCCUGAAGGUGAUUUUAGGAAUUAUUUUCCCCCCCGCCAUCCUGCUCCUUGAAUUCAGACUUGGAGAUGAAACUUCUCACCAUUCAUGGAAAGAAAACACUACUGGGAAAACUAAAGACGAGAAUAAAUCCAACAAGGAUGCCUCCUCCAGUGCUGACACAAUGUCCAAGAAAGGAGAUGAAGAAGAGAACCAGAAGAAGAACCUGAGGAUCCCCAUUGGGAGGAAGAUCUACGAGUUUUACAACGCCCCUUUCACCAAGUUCUGGUUUAACACGAUCUCAUACCUGGUGUACCUCAUGCUCUAUAACUACAUCAUCCUGGUGAAGAUGGAACGCUGGCCCUCUCUGCAGGAGUGGAUAGUCAUCUCCUACAUCAUCACCCUUGGGCUGGAGAAAGUCAGACAGAUCCUCAUGUCAGAGCCAGGGAAGCUGAAACAGAAGAUCAGUGUGUGGUUGGAGGACUACUGGAACAUCACUGACCUGGUGGCCAUCUCCGUCUUCCUGCUUGGCCUCCUGCUGCGGCUCCAGGGCGAGCCCUCCAUGGGCUAUGGACGAGUCAUCUACUGUGUUGACAUCAUCUUCUGGUACAUCCGAGUCCUUGACAUCUUUGGAGUCAACAAGUACCUGGGCCCCUACGUCAUGAUGAUCGGCAAGAUGAUGAUUGACAUGCUGUACUUCGUAGUCAUCAUGCUGGUGGUGUUGAUGAGUUUUGGGGUGGCUCGGCAGGCCAUCCUCCAUCCGGAUGAGGAACCCACAUGGCGCCUGGCCAGGAACAUCUUCUACAUGCCGUACUGGAUGAUCUACGGAGAAGUGUUUGCAGACUCCAUAGACCUUUAUGCCAUGGAAAUUAACCCUCCAUGUGGAGACAACAUGUAUGAUGAAGAUGGGAAGAAGCUUCCUCCAUGUAUUCCUGGAGCCUGGCUGACUCCAGCCAUCAUGGCGUGUUACCUGCUGGUGGCCAACAUCCUCCUGGUCAACCUGCUCAUCGCCGUCUUCAACAACACCUUCUUUGAGGUGAAGUCCAUCUCCAACCAGGUGUGGAAGUUCCAGCGGUACCAGCUGAUCAUGACCUUCCACGACCGCCCCAUCCUGCCGCCGCCCCUCAUCGUCUUCCCCCACAUCUACAUCGUCCUGAAGAGGCUGUGCUGCACCUGCAGGCGAAAGCCAGAGGGGGAGCGGGACGACCGCGCGCGGCGGCUCCAGCUGGUUCUGAACGCAGAGGAGAUCAAGAGUCUGUACGAGUUUGAGGAGCAAUGUGUGGAGGAAUACUUCAGAGAGAAAGAAGACGAGAAGCAGUCCUCCAACAACGAGCGAAUCAGAGUCACAGCUGAGAGGGUGGAGAACAUGGCGAUGCGGCUGGAAGAGGUGAACGAGCGGCAGCGCUCCAUGAAGGCGUCGCUGCAGACGGUGGACCUGCGCCUGGCCCAGCUGGAGGAUUUCUCCGGCCGGAUGAUGAACGCUCUGGAGAAGCUGGCCGGGGUGGACCGGGCUGAGCUGGUCCGGUCACGGUCCGGGGGCUCGUCGGUGUUCGAGCCGUCCGGCCCAAUGCGGCGCAGCAGCGUCGGCAGUGCCGACGGCUGCAGCCUGUACCGGUAUCAGCUGGACCACGACGACCAGACAGACGGCGAGGAGAGGAGAGUCCAUCUGAGUCCAGAGAGAGAAACGGUGAAUUCCACAGGAGGAAAAACAGCAGGCGAAUUGGCUUCCAGUCUGGACGUCUCCAGUCUGAGGGACAGGACACAGUCUCUGUCCAACGUGGACAUCUUGAUCUCGCCGUGUGGCCCCGCUUCUCCUCUUCAUCAACCCGCCUCUCCUCUUCAUCAACCCGCCUCUCCUCUUCAUCACGGCGGCCCGGGGGACGCAGAUGGUCCGGCUCUAAAGAGCCGGCUGCAGGCCGUGUCCUCUGUCCCCCUGGACAAAGCUAUGCAGUAUUUAUUGUCUCCAGAUGCCCAACAGGGGGCGCUCCACAGCCCAAGUCCCUCCACGAUGAAGGGCGCUGAUGAAGAGGAGGGAGCCAGGCCUCCGGCUCCUGAACCCGACGCUGAUGAAGAGGAGCUGCUGGUGGAUGAAGACAGGAAGUACCCGAGCCUCCGAUCCAAAAGUCUCAGCAGUAACCAGGUGACGAAGAGGACAAAGAGGCGUGAGGAAGAGGAGAAGCCCCGCCCCUCCAGCAGUGUCACAGACCUGGUGUCAGUGUUCAGACGGAACCAGAACCAGAACCAGAACCAGAACUAGAACCAGAGGGUCUUCCUCGAGUUCUGGAGGUUUUUCUGUUUCUGCUUUUUUUUUUUUUUCAGAGUAAAAAAACAUUUAAGUUUCUGCAGCAAAACAGGAAACAGGAAGUUACAGAACAACGGAGUGUUGUCUGAAUCAGGUGUCCUCCAGGUGUCGGUUGGGGCCACUGGUCUGAAGCACUGGGAGUACUGGAGCCAGUCUGCUAACGGACGCGCGACGGUUUGUUGGAGAACAUGAACAUAGUCAGUAUCUGACAGGAAGUAGGAAGUAGCCAGAGAAAUCUCAGGUGAACAGUGAUGGAGGAAACAGGAAAUGAUGCAACUAAAUUUAGAACAUUUUACAUUAAAACUUUAAAUCUGAAAUACAUAAAGGACACCAGCAGUGACCAACUGGGAUGGGACUAAAAUUUUCACUAACUUAUACUGGUUAGUUUUGGAGAAGUUUUACGUUUGUCUUUGUUCAGUGUGAAAACCUGUUUGUUCAUCAUGUCUGUUCACAUUUUAUUAAUAAAUCAUGGAUUUAUGUGAUGGUCA